AUUUUAACUUUGGUGCAUCAUUUCGGCAAUGUGUAAUCCUUUUCUUAUGUUUGAUUUUAUUCUUGUAUAUAUAUAAAAGUUUUGACACUGGUUACUCGAAGAUGGCCGAGACUGUAAAACUUAAGAGAACCACGACUCAACCUCGAAAAGCAAAGAGGUUCGAAACCAAUAAAUAUAAAGACUACUUGUUUGGUCCUAUAGAUGCCUUUGAUAUGGAAUGGGCAAACACUGUACUGGAAUACAACCCAGAACUGAAGCUAGACACUCGAGGAUUGAACAAGUACAGUUCUCACAACCUAUCUAUUAGUACUGAUGGUGGUUCACACACCAGUUUGAUUGGGAAUACUGAUCUGGAUUUUUAUGAAUCAAAGAACCAUUCCAUACCUGAUUCUCUGGAAACUGGGUUAUCUGCUUCCAAUUUACCUUUGUCUAAAAAUACCUCAGGUUUAGACGAUGUCCAUAUAGAGAGGUAUAAGGAUGAUAUUAAAAGACUUGAAGCAGAGCGUGAUGCAUUGAAUGAGGAGCUGAAUAGAGUAAAUUCCGAACGGGAGACCGACAAAAAAGAUGCUAACUUGUAUAGAGCAUUCCAGAAGCAAAUACAGUCACUGAACAUGAGCAUUCACGAUAAGUUGGACACAAGAGAAAAGCUGGAGCAGAUUUUAGGAGGACUAUACACGUUUUUCAGUGAGUCAUUUGGAACUGAUAACUCACUAUCUUCGAUUCUAGAAGAAUUUGCCAACUUAUAUCUUAAGCAACAAUCUGACAUCCAGGUUGAACUUGCUAGCAUGAGGAGCCAAUUAAAGAUCGUAAACGACCUGGACAAAAUGAUAAAUAAAAAGAGCAAUUACGAGGAAAUGGUAGAACAAAGAGUUAAAACUAUAGAUCUAUUAGUUGACCAACUAAAGAUUACAAAAUCCGAAUCAUCACAAGAAAUAAAUAAAUUAAAAAACGAACUCGUUGACACACAGGUUGAAUUUGGUAAAAAGCUUUCCAACGCUAAGAGCAUGUGUAAAGAAUAUGAAACGGAAAAUCGGAUAAUCAAUGAAAUGCUCAAUAGCACAAGAAAUUCAUUCAAUAAGCUCAUGCAUGAUCAACAUGAACUAAUAUCGCAAUUGCCCUUAGCCACGCUAGAAAAUUGUAACGGAGAACAGACCAAAGAAAGCCGCAGUGAAACACAACUGAAAAGUGUAGAUGGAAAGAAUAUUUUAGAAUCACUUGUGCAGGACUUAUAUCGUAGGAACGAAGAUUCCUUGGCUGUAAUUAAUCAGAAAGACCAUAUGAUUCAGCAACUAUAUGGAACAAUUUCAAGGCUACAGCGUAACUUAAAAGAGUGGGAAAAUGAUGCUAUAUUAUGGCUAGACUAUGUAGAACAAUCUAAUUGUAAACAUAAUUAAUUUAGACAUGAAUCAUCAUUCCGAAUAUCUGGCACAUCUAUCGGUUUGGUUGCCGCAUCGUAUCCCGAUCAGGGACUCUCUGUGCAUUGGAUACUUUUAACAAUUUAUCAUAAGCGUAGAUCAUCACGAAGAGCUUAUUGUGGGAUAUCUCGGCUGGAUCCAAGGAUUCUUGACACAGUCGAGACAUUGCCCCAUAAGAAUAGGAACAUGAAUCUGGACACUGAGA